GGCCGCGGCAGCUUCGUAGAGGCGGCCGCGGCUCAGUCUCGGGACUUAGGGCGAGGCGGGCGUCUGGAAGCAGGCCUCGCCCAGGUGACAGGAGGUCGGGGAGGUGCCGCCGGGUCUCGUGGGGUGCCAGCCCGCUCGCUGCAGUCCCCGGGCCCCGCCGCCUCCCUAUCCCUGCCCCCGGCUGGAACCGAAGGUCAGGUCCGCUACCCAACCCGUCCUCGCCUCAGGGCGGACGCUGUGUGUGGGUGGCUCACUGUUUAACAUUGACUUCACCCAAGUGCUUUCUCCAUGGCGGCCUCGCAGGUCCCGGGGGAGAAGAUUAACAUCCAGGCAGGAGAGACGGCCAAGGUCGGGGACAGGGACCUGCUGGGGAACGGCUGUCCCGAGCAGGACAGACCACCGCAGCGCUCGUGGAGGCAGAAGUGCGCCUCCUAUGUUCUGGCCCUGCGGCCCUGGAGCUUCAGUGCCUCACUCACCCCGGUGGCCCUGGGCAGUGCCCUGGCCUACAGAUCCCAGGGCGUCCUGGAUCCCAGGCUAUUGGUGGGUUGUGCCGUCGCUGUCCUCGCUGUGCACGGGGCUGGCAAUUUGGUCAACACUUACUACGACUUUUCCAAGGGCAUUGACCACAAAAAGAGUGAUGACAGGACCCUGGUGGACCGAAUCUUGGAGCCCCAGGAUGUCGUCCGGUUUGGCGUCUUCCUCUACACCUUGGGCUGUGUCUGUGCUGCUUGCCUCUACUACCUGUCCCCUCUGAAACUGGAGCACUUAGCUCUCAUCUACUUCGGAGGCCUGUCUGGCUCCUUUCUCUACACAGGAGGAAUUGGAUUCAAGUACCUGGCUCUGGGAGACCUCAUCAUCCUCAUCACUUUUGGCCCGCUGGCUGUGAUGUUCGCCUACGCCGUCCAGGUGGGGUCCCUGGCGGUCUUCCCGCUGGUCUACGCCAUCCCCCUCGCCCUUAGCACCGAGGCCAUCCUCCACUGCAACAACACCAGGGACGUGGAGUCCGACCGGGAGGCUGGCAUCGUCACGCUCGCCAUCCUCAUCGGCCCCACCCUCUCCUACGUGCUCUACAACACGCUGCUCUUCCUGCCCUACCUAAUCUUCAGCAUCCUGGCUGUGCACUGCAGCAUCAGCCUGGCUCUGCCCCUGCUCACCAUCCCCAUGGCCUUUGCCCUCGAGAGGCAGUUCCGAAGCCAGACUUUCAACAAGCUGCCCCAGAGGACUGCCAAGCUCAACCUCCUGCUGGGCCUCUUCUACGUUUCCAGCAUCAUUCUGGCACCAGCAGGCAGUCUGCCCAGACUCUAAGGGGACCAGUAGCUGCACCCCACAACGCGUCCCCCUUUCUUAGAAUGUGCUGAAGGCACAGUGUCUGAGGAGGGAAGGUGAUUUGGCAGUGAGGGGCUUAAGGAUGGCUUGUGAACGCCCACCUUUUUUUUUAUUGUUACAGUCUUAAAGAGAACGUUUUGGUUUUGUUAUUUUAUUCCGUGUUAUGGGGACUCUUGAAACCGCUCUGGUGUCAGAACAAGGUAAAUUGGAUGCAUGGCCCUUGUUUUACUUACAAUUUCCACCAGAGGGUGUUGUCGGGUCACUUCUAGUGGACUACAAUACCCUAAGACUUGGCGAAGGAACCGCCCAGGUUGGCCUCCUGUCCUGAAAGAGCCAUAGUAACUGGGCCAAGUGUCCUCUGCUGCUUUGGUCUAGCGGGACACGGUGAUGGUCCCCAGUGACAAGGAGCACGUG